GUCCUACUGUCCUUGUCUUCUUGUCUUCAACAUAAAGGAGAUUGUUUUAAAUCAAAAGUAAAAACAAGCUUAGUAACAAAAUGUCAUGCCCGAACAACGUGGCAGCCAACACAUUCCUGAUGGACUCGCUGGUGGGAGGAACAUCUCCUUACAGAGGUGAGGGAUAUUCCACUAACUCUGGAAUGUAUAUGCAAACGUCUGUAGAAUAUGGUUGUUCCAUGAUGAUGGGUAGUUUUGGCAUUGCUGGUACCCCUCUCUCCAAACGGGAUGAGCUGCAACCGAGUGGGAUGCAUCUCAGCAGUUACCAGCAUUCGCAUUACCUGUCGCAGCGGGACACUUGGACUGCAGGCUCUAAAACUUACAGAGGCUCUCAACCUGUUGCCCAGACUUUGCACCCAUUCUCAUUUCCAGCUGCUAGUAAUGUGAAGGAGGAAGCGAUCCCUUGUCUUUACCAGACUGAUAUCGACAGCGCCAAGGAGAAAUCCACCUACAUCCGUCUGGGAGACAAUAGCAGCCACACGAAUCAAAGCACCGUCUCCACCCCCGAUUAUUUCCAACGGAGCCAGGUGUACACCAGUGAAAGGAGCCGCCACGGAGAUGAGUUCGGCUCGGACUUUAACCCAAUACCCAGAAUACCAACGCCAGAAGAGGCUAUAGCUGGAGAACCAUAUGUCAAAACCAACAAAGAAGACAAGGGAGGGAAUGCGCAGGAGGACGACAUGGAUAAGAGACAGUCUAGAAAAGAGGAGAGUGUCUCAAAAACAGACAGUUGUUGUACCGACGAUUCCGAGAGCGAACUGAAAGAUGAGGAUAAAUUAGAGAAAGCAGCUGGAAACUGGCUAAAAGCGAAAAGUGGACGAAAGAAGAGAUGUCCCUACACCAAGCAUCAGACACUUGAGCUGGAGAAAGAGUUCUUGUUCAACAUGUACUUGACUCGAGAGCGCCGUCUGGAGAUCAGCAAGAGUAUCAACCUCACAGACAGACAGGUCAAGAUCUGGUUCCAAAACAGAAGGAUGAAGCUAAAGAAGCUCAACAGUGAAAGUCGCGUCCGGGAGCUAACUGGCUAUAGCUUCAACUGAGGGCUAAAAAACAAAACAAAACAGACAAAAUAAAUAUUAAUCAAAUACAUACUGUCUCUCGUUUCCCCACGUUUUGCCCAUUUCUAUUUUUUCCCUAAAAUUUCUCCUAUUUAUUCACAUGCUGACUCAUAUACAAUAUAAAAUAGCAAAGCGGGGUAAAACGCUGGCCUCUGCCAUUUAUUGCUAAAAGAACUGGAACCUCUUGCAAACAGUAUACAUUUAGUCAACACUCGAACCUAACCUAUCAUUGAGAAACACACAAGAAUAACAUUGUAUAUGCCAGUUGAGGAUUAAAAGGACGCUUGGUGCAAAUAUUCGUGAUAGAUUUGCAUUACUAAACUCCUCAACUCCGAAUCUUUAGAAAGAGAUGUUGAUGUCUUAGAAUAGCUUGUUUGCCGUCAGUGCGCUUGUCCCAUACAAUGCGUGCUCUGUAUUUUGCAUGCUUUGCUCUAUAAGUGUAAUUGUAAUUUUGAUGUUUAACUCGAGAGGCUGAUAAAUAAAA